AUGAUUUUUGACGGGAUGGGCCAGCGCAAGGACCCAAGUUAUACUUGGAACUUCGGCAGAAAAUGGUGGUCCCACCUACCAUCAUGUCUACCCUGUGCUUCUUCUAUCAACGAGGUCUGGAUUAAUGGGGAAGGACCGUCACGUCGCGAAAUAAAGGAUGAGCAAGAGUGGUGGAAGACAUAUGACGAUCGUGCGAAGAAACAUAUACUCGUCCCGUCCGCUGAGGUCGAAAAGACAGUUUUCCAUAAGCAUCCCCCGAUAUGGAAAGCUCUCUACCGCGGAAUUCUAGUAGAAGCGGAUCAACGGCAUCGCCUCACAGGCAUCACCGUCUUCGAUGGAGGUUGGGGAGUUCACAAUUUUCCGCGCAGCCCAAACCAAGCACGAAUAUGGAGUCAAUUGGAUGAUAUCUUCAUGCCAAAGUAUACUGCGAAUCUACUGGGAGAGCUUGGCGCAGCACGAGUCAGUCCAGAAGGACCGGACCCUUAUUAG